AUGGCGCUAGAUCAUUAUCUACCAGCGCAAGGCCACCUGUUUGAUAUUCCGACUGACCACAAUGAUCCCACCGUACACUCAAGCCUUGACCACGCCUUCUGUCUAUGGGACAUCGGCGGCAUUCCAUGUGGCGCGUACAUCAGCGUCUUUGAUCUUUCAAAACACAUGCGCAUGCAUGGAGUGAAGGGGCCUGGGGAUUUGGAAAUCCAGUGCGCAUGGGAUGGCUGCACAAGAGCCCCCAUGAAGCGGGAGAGCGUUGUUCGUCACAUCGAGGAAGUGCAUGUCCAAGUCAAAUACACAUGCAACCAAUGCUGGGCUUCUUUCUCUCGUAAAAAUACGCUUAAAUCUCAUAUCUCAAAGGCUCAUUCACAUGCAUCCUAG